AUGGAUGACCUCCAUAUUCCUGGACUACGAGAUGAAGCUGCCAGACACUACAGUACGUGGCAUGAAGCCAAUGUUGGGGACGAUGAAUUGAAAGCUCAGUUCCGGCAAACAUGCAAUGUGGCGUUAGCCCAUGGCCUAGACCUUAAAUUGAUCUGGGAGGACCAAGAUCCGUCAUUCUUUAUCGAUAAAGGGAUUGUGUGUGUGAGUGUCUCGCCCGUCGACUAA